CCUCACGGCGUCUCGUCCCCUUCCGCCUGUCCCGACUUGCGCCGACGAACAAUACCUGAACAAUAGUCGUCUGCUUCUCUAGUCGCGUGGUAAGAUAGCGCCAGUAGACUUACCCGUUUUUUCUUGUCGGAUUUCUGCAGAUUCUCAGACCCGUCCGUGAGGCAUAAGGUCUCAGUCACACAACGACACACCAACACACCGACACACACACAUUUCGCACAACCUAAACAAAUUUCACACUUACACACCAAACCACAUAGAUAACACACCAACCUACACAAACUACAUACAACAACCAACACACAGACUACACGUCUUAUGAACACACACAGAACCUCUACAGCCAUUAUUUUGUCUCCAUUGGCUGCCUUGUUACAAACUCACAAGCAAAUUGCGUGCUGUUGGUUCUUGGUUUCAUAGCUGCAGGAGACGAGCCCAUGAGUACAAGCAGAUGGCGGGGCGGGGAGCGAGUGUUCCAUCCCUAGCGCUGAUGGUACUAGCCCUGCUACAAAGGACGACAACCACUGAGGUCAAGUCACAAGAUACGGCCAGGUGGGAGCUCUUUGAGUCCUGUUCUAGACCGUGCCGCCAGGGUGCCGAGGUGCACGGUGCCAGACGGUGUGUCCGGGGCUUUGAGGUGGUGCCGGAUGUUUUCUGCCAGUCGUCUGCCCAUGCUGGACCCGCGUGUCGGACAUGUGUGGCUGCAUGGUCGAUAGGCAGUUGGUCAGUGUGUUCAGUGUCGUGUGGAGACGGCCAGCAGACGAGAGACGUGUCGUGUCAGAUCGCGGACCGGUCAGGCCAGCUGUACAGGGCGCCGGUGGUGGAGUGUCCCAGCCCCGCGCCCCAGGCUACACGCCCGUGUCAUGAGACUGAUUGCCCCCAGGCAGACGAGGAUGUGAGCGCCUCCAUCUUGGCCGAGAACUACACACUGAUACAGUUCCGUAGGGGCAAAACAAUACGAGUGACCGUUGGAGGGGAAGUGAAUAUUCUGUCUGGUCAAACGCUGGUCAUCAAAUGUCCCGUCCAGCACUUCUCAAAGGACCUGGUCACCUGGAGUAAAGGCCACAAGCUGGUCACGUUGAUGAAACAGUCCCAGGGACCCCACGUUGUAGGCACUAAACUUCGCAUCGACAGGGCCAACCCAAAACGAGACUAUGGGGUCUACACAUGCACUGCAGGGACCGUCUCCUCCACCGUCACUGUCCGCUUCAUCAAACAGGGAGACAAUCAACUGGCAGAAUACUCUGACUGGCUCAAAAAACUGAAGAUUCAACAGCGGCUAGAGAAAAGCGAGUGGUAUGACCUGAAACACACCAACAUAACACACGACUUCCUCCAACAACGUGACCAACGAGACCAGAGCAAGAAAGUGACGUCACUCGCCUACCAGACGCUGGACUGGUCAAACUGUUCGUCAACCUGUUCGGCCAAAGGUAACAGGACAAGAUCUGUCGUCUGCGCAAAUGUGGCGUCAGCGUAUUUAAAGAUCGUUGACGACCUGGAGUGCAAAAAGGCCGGACUGUACAAACCAGCCUCUGUUGAGGCAUGCUGGGAGCCGUGCAAAGCAGUAUGGCGGAACGGGACGUGGACUAAGUGCCAGGGAAAGUGUGGGCAGAUCGGCUACACGACCACUCACGUGACUUGUGUGUGGGACGGGGACAUGAGCCCAGCAGACGGCAAAUGUUUGCCAGAAAGUAAACCCCAGACCAGAAAAUAUUGCUAUCUGCCAUCUUGUUCUAAGUGCUCAGACUCCUCACGUUCCUGCAGCCUGAUACAUCGUCUCAAGAUGUGUCGCUACACUGUGUUUUCCUCGCUCUGCUGUCAGACUUGCCAGUCGGGCAAAUAUUUCGGUUAGUCACAGGUUCUCCAAUGGUUGAUACAGGUGCAAGCAAAAAAAAACAACUUCAGUAGCUAAUUAAUUCAAUUAAUUAGAGCGAGCAAGCUUGUCCGUGUGUCCAGAGUGACGUGUACACAGGGAUGACUCAUCAGUCCACUCAGUCACAUGACUGGUCUAACCAUUGCUGAUUGGCUGUAGGACUGCCAGCAAUAUGGUGGCAACUCAUCAACAGCAGCACAAGAUUAUUUAUGGAUUAUUUGCUUCACCUGGUACAGUUUUCAUUAAAAACUCAUGUACUGUAAAUAAUUGAAUGGAUUGUUUAUGUCAUUAAAUCACUGAUAUUGGUAAUGUCACAAUAUUAAUAUUUAUGUAACAUUCUGUUGUCUUUGUGUGAUAUACAUGAUUAAAAUAUUGCCUGCCUUA